GAUGACUGUUUUCAGCCAUCUGUAGCUUGUGGGCUCUGUGCUACAGUCAAUGAGUGCAUGUCUACUUAUAUUAAAUAAAUAAUGUAUGAUAGCUAGCAAAUUAAUUAGCUAACUGACGUCAGCCUGCCUAGCUGGAACUUCUGAUGAAGGAACAUGUUUUAUUUCUACAAUUUCCAAAAGAUAACCAAACAAUUGCUUUUUACGUAGUAGCAACAUGUACAUUUAUUUGCAUUCGUUUUUACUUACACUUGUAUGUUGACUUCUCCAUUGAUGUAGUUAAGUUUUCGCGGACUUUUCUUAUGCGGAGUUUCAGGCCUCUGAGUGAACAUAAUUGUACACUCGCAAAGCCGACUAAACUUGGGUUGAGGGGCUUACGUUGUAAACUUCUCUUGCUUGGCUCAUCAUUUGAACCUCCAAGAUGGUGACGGGGAUUCCCCCCCCAAGGGCAUAAGACGAGGGUAAGUGGACGAGGUUGUCUUAAGUGUUUGGACCGUAAGCAUAGGACCGCACGAUAGGCUCUAUAACGACAUUCUAUCCUUUUGCACACGCCCCCCCCCCUUUCAAUUAAUUGAAUGGUGUGAGAGUUGAGGAAUAUGGUGGAACCUUCCUCCAGUUUACACUAAUCCAAUGCUUCUAAAUGCAUAACGGGGCGUGUAGAGGACUGCUAAUUCUUAUGUAGGUGACAUUACACUACUAUAGCUGGGACAACGUAUUUUCAUAGUAAAACAGGUUGGGCCCCAUACAGGAUAUCUCUCACACACACACUCACUUUGAUCAUCCAGAACACUGUCACAACAGGAUACUCCUAGCCACAGGUGCUAGCCGGCAGUUCGGCCACAACUCCCCUGAAGAUAGGAACGCACACACAUUACACACGGACUCUUGAGGACAGGACAGGGACGCAUACGCUCUUACACACUUACCCCAGAAGACAGGGACGACGCACAUACAGUACACACAUAGCUGCCGAGGACACCCAGAUAAGACACCCACAGAUUGGCAGAAAGCCUAGACUUAGAGACAAACCAUACGUAAAUGUAUGCACACAUGACUGUAAGUCGCUUUGGAUAAAAGCGUCUGCUAAAUGGCUAUUAUUAUUAUUAUUAUUAUUAUUAUUAUAACUAGCACACACACACAAUCUCCUUCCUAGCCGAACAUUGUGUGACUGAGAACAGCCCGACGAGACCCGGAGGAACGACGGACGGCUCAACAGGACCAAUCCAAGAAGACAACACCUCAACUGUGGCCAACCAAAAGAACGUGACUUCCAGACUCAACCUACUUUCUGUACUGUACAUAACGUGCUUGCAAUCUGUUAUCGGGGCUUCUUUCUGCUGGUUCCUUGUGAGCCAAAUGAAUGAGCCCGUAUUUACGUGUACCAGAUAUUCUCACCUUGAAUAAACGGUCACUUGUCGUACAAAUUUUACCACCUUGUCUGAAUCGAUCCUUAACCGGCUCACCCUUCUACAUAUCCUUUUAUCAACAGGCGUGAACAAGUGCACACUCCUGGAGACCGUGGGAGCUCAAUGGAAAUAUAGAGUUUGUAUAAAGUGAGGUAUAAGGUGCAUAUAGCUAUCUAUACAAUACAGACAACUGGGACCAGGUGAUUCUCAGGAGCAUCAGUACAAAUGAUACGAAAGUGUGAACACUGGUUACUUGCUUUAGUAAUCGCUGGGGGAAUGGUUCUCUGCUGGCUUGUCUUCUCAUGCUGCACAUCUUUCUCUCGCAAUCACAAGCUUGAUCGCCAGGACAGCGGAGUCAAUCACCACCUUCCGGAGACACCUGAAACCCCACCUCUUCAAGGAAUACCUAGGAUAGGUGAGGGUCUCAGUGAGUAUGUGGAGGGGUUAACAUGGCGCCAGGUGAAUAACCAGGUUGUGCUGAAUCACAGAUUACAGAGCAAUCAAGCCAAGCUUAUGGAACCAGUGAGGACUGACGUGCUGACUGUAACCCCAUGGCUGGCUCCUAUAGUCUGGGAGGGGACCUUCGACCCCCUGGUCAUAGACGAGGCCUUCAGGUCCCACACCCUCACCAUUGCUACCACUGUGUUUGCUGUAGGGAAAUACACUCGUUUUCUCCGUGACUUCUUAGAGUCAUCUGAGAAGCACUUCAUGGUGGGGCUGGAUGUGCACUACUACGUGUUCACCGACCUGCCCGGCGAUGUGCCUAGCAACAUGACUCUUGGUGUCGGCAGGCUGCUCAGCAUCGUGAGAGUGCCGAAGUUCGACCGCUGGCAGGAGAUAUCCCUCCGCCGCAUGGAGCUCAUCCAGACUGCCAUUGAGGAUCACAUCCACCGGGAGGCGCACUACAUCUUCUGCCUGGAUGUAGACAUGAUGUUCCAUGGCCGUGUGGGGUCUGAGGUGCUGGGGAGACUGGUGGCCGCCAUCCACCCCUGGUUCUACAUGUACCCCCGGAGCCAGUACCCCUACGAGCGGCGGGCCGUGUCCACAGCCUCUGUACCUCAGGACCAGGGAGACUUCUACUACCAGGCCAACAUAUUCGGAGGAGUGCUGGAGGAUGUUCAUAGGCUGACCAAGACGUGCAGGGAGAACCUGGAGGUGGAUAAGUCUGUGGGUGUUGAGGCUGUGUGGCAGGAGGAGAGUCACCUGAACUGGUACCUGGUGAAGAAUAAGCCCACCAAGCUGCUGUCACCUGAAUAUGUGUGGGAUGACGCUAGAGGACGAGACGCCAAGGAGAUAAAACUCGUCCGCUUCUCCUCUGUCAUCAAGAACAAGGCAGAGGUCAGGGAGAACCCAUGAGAUGCAGCCCAUGCAAAACCCACAUAGAUAUCUAUAGCUUAAACAGACAGAUUUCGAUAGCAUAAACAGACAGAUUUCGAUAGCAUAAACAGACAGAUUUCGAUAGCAUAAACAGACAGAUUUCGAUAGCAUAAACAGACAGAUUUCGAUAGCAUAAACAGACAGAUUUCGAUAGCAUAAACAGACAGAUUUCGAUAGCAUAAACAGACAGAUUUCGAUAGCAUAAACAGACAGAUUUCGAUAGCAUAAACGAACAGAUUUCGAUAGCAUAAACAACAGAUUUCGAUAGCAUAAACAACAGAUUUCGAUAGCUUAAACAACAGAUUUCGAUAGCUUAAACAACAGAUUUCGAUAGCUUAAACAACAGAUUUCGAUAGCUUAAACAGACAGAUUUCGAUAGCAUAAACAACAGAUUUCGAUAGCAUAAACAACAGAUUUCGAUAGCAUAAACAACAGAUUUCGAUAGCAUAAACAACAGAUUUCGAUAGCAUAAACAACAGAUUUCGAUAGCAUAAACAGACAGAUUUCGAUAGCUUAAACAACAGAUUUCGAUAGCUUAAACAACAGAUUUCGAUAGCUUAAACAACAGAUUUCGAUAGCUUAAACAACAGAUUUCGAUAGCUUAAACAACAGAUUUCGAUAGCUUAAACAACAGAUUUCGAUAGCUUAAACAACAGAUUUCGAUAGCUUAAACAACAGAUUUCGAUAGCUUAAACAACAGAUUUCGAUAGCUUAAACAACAGAUUUCGAUAGCUUAAACAACAGAUUUCGAUAGCUUAAACAACAGAUUUCGAUAGCUUAAACAACAGAUUUCGAUAGCUUAAACAACAGAUUUCGAUAGCUUAAACGGACAGAUUUCGAUAGCUUAAACGGACAGAUUUCGAUAGCUUAAACGGACAGAUUUUGAUCAGGAAUGUUUUAAUAUGCUAAUUAGACUUUCGCCCGAGGUGAUGACAUUGACGCUAGAGUUUUAAAGACUCAAGAGCUAACUAUAUUUAAGCUCUUGAGUCUUCCUCAUCUCUGAGAACUGCCACAACAAAAGAAUGAUGUUCAAGACAACUGAGCGUGUUGUUGGUGCCCACCCUAACAGCGACAUGUUAGCAUCUCCUGAUCUGUGAACAGUUUUUACAAUUAUUAUGAUGUGAAGCCCUUUUAACACUUGUAUUGAAAAGCGCUAUACAAAUAAAGUUCAUUAUUAUUAAGUUGACAUUUUA